AUGUCAUCAUUCACCAGAAUUAUAAUUUCUGAAUUUCCAUAUGGAUGCCGAAUUGCCGAAAAAGUGACUAUCCAUUAUCACAGCUACUAUAAAUAGUAAUUUUUGUUCUUUGGGGUCGAUUACUAAAAUAAUAAAAUCGUUAUUGGUUUAAAUUUUAUAGAAAAUUGAAUUCAGUAAUUUAUAAUGUUACCAAAACCGAGAAUUUACAACAGUCUAUCGUUCAUAUUUCGUACUUUGUAAAUAAGCUUUGACUUUAUAUUACUCUUUUGAAGAGCUGUUAUUCCGGUAAAUAAAACAUGGGAGACUAUCAGCCUUUGCAAUGUGACGGUGAAUUUGAUCAAGAUUGUGUCCAAGCUGCGAAAAUUUUACACCGGGUUGGAAAUGAUGCAAUGACGAAGGAUGAUAUAUAUUUCAAAAAGCCAAUGUCACCAGUUCGAAAACUGGCUUUUGUUUUCUCUGUUCUUAUUUGCUUUUUGACGAUUGCUGUGUUUUUAUGGGAAAUUCCAUGUGAAUGGUCCCAAUGCCCAUCCAAAAUACAGCAGGUCCAAUGGGAAGAGACUUUGUAUCAUUUAGAGCUGAUAGGCCCAAUGCAGUCGGUGCACAGCAAGACUGACCUGAGCCUGGUGUCAAUGGUGCGGGGUGCGGAGUGGCCAAGCUCAAACAGCCAGCACCAGUUCCCGGCGCAAACCGGCGGCCUCGUCUGCCUUCAGUCACUGACGGGCGCCGUCGCCUGGUGGGCACGCCUGUCGGUGUCGCCCGACCAACUCUCCUGCUCCAUCUUGGACCUCGACAGCAACGGUGUCUUCGACUGCCUCGUCCAAGGGGACCACGGCUACUUGGUCGCUAUCAAUUCCCAGUCUGGUAUGAAUGUGUGGAAAUUUGUCAUGAAACUAAAUAAAGGAGAAACAAUAGAGCGAAUCACGUUCCCUGUUAUAAUCCCAGACGUGACCGGAGACGGUGUCAACGAUCUGGCUGCCUUAUGCAAAUGCCAUAGUGACGACACACAUAUCAACUACUUGGUACUGUUAUCUGGCAAAGAUGGAACCUUCAUAGGCAAGCCUUUGAAGAUCACGUCAUGCUCUGACAUCUAUGGACUGGCUCUCGAUGACGAUAUGUCUUCUCUCUACUACACCUGCAAGAAACAAGACUCUUAUGAAAAUGAAGUGUCACAAAAACUGAGCGAUCUCCUGUCUAAAGCAUUGAAUAGAAGUGUGACUGAAAAUUGGUCGCACAGAUCACGCUUGAGACAGCUGCUUGUUAGUGAGGGACUGGUGGACUUCAGGGUGGCAAAUCACAAGAUGAAUAUACUCAAUUCUGGCCACUGCCCGACCUCAUGCUCCGCCUCAGUCAACGUCACCGACAGAUUCAAUCAUACCGUGUGGACCUAUCAUGCCAACUACACCUACGUCAUGAACCCGGUUCUCAUUCAUUUCAAUCAUACAAUCACCGGAUUUGUGCUCAAGUUCUGGUAUUGGCUCUAUCCUCAUCAGGAAUCUCACAGUCUUGGCAAGGAUACAAAGAUGGAAAAAAUUCGAGAAUGCAUUAUUAUAAUUGCAUUUAAUGCCGCUGGAGAAACGCGAAUCGUGAAUGCCAGCCAGACUGAUGUUACCAGGAUUUGCGGCUCUCUUGGCUGUCAGCCGGAUCUGCGCUAUCAACUUAAUUCCUUACUAAUCGAUGACUUGGAUAGGGACGGCUAUCAGGAGCUGGUGUACACCUCAGUUUCGUUCCACGAGCUGUCACCACAGGAGGCCAAACCCACUUCUCCCAACGACUUCGAACUGCAUUCUAAAAUGCAGGUCAUUCGUCUGCAAGCCGAACUUCCAAAACUGUACCAGGUGAUCGCUCAUCAGUAAUCAAGUAUUUCCAACAAACCAAUUACUUCUCAUCAGAGCCAGUAUUGUUUUGUGAUAAACAAUAUUGAUAUAGUCAUAUGAAUGACUGAUUGAUCUUGAGUCAUAUUGUGAUAAACAAUAUUGAUCUAGUCAUGAAAUUGGGUCAUAAUUGAUCUUGAAAACGUGAAAUUGUUCCUCUUCCAUAUUCGAUGUAUGUAGCUGCUUAGACGUUUUCUUUCAACAAGUUUUCAACUUUCUUUUAACGCUGUGAAGACCAAAAAUUGUGCUGAAUUUUUUAUCAUUUUCAAUAUCAGUUAUCACUGAUAGAUUCAAUAUUUAUAUUCAUUAGUCUUGAUAUUCGACAGCAGUUUUGUUAUGUCAUGUUGACUUCCAAGUCAACUUCUAUAUUUAUUUAUAUAAUAUUUUCUGGGUUUAGAAUAGCCUACUGAUAUAUUCGACUAAAAACAUGACCAACAAUUAAAAAUAAUAGAAUAUUGUUGGGCUCAUUUACCUCAUAUUAAAUCAAUAUUUGUUUUUAUAAUGACUAUUUUAAUUUCGAGGAGUUUAGGGGAGUUUGCAAUUAUUAUUAAUUCAUUUCGAAAUUAGAAUAAUCUUUCCAGUCUCUUCCAUUAUACACUAUUCCAUUAUAAACACUGGUUCAUAGUAUUUUUGUUGAAAUUCCUCGAACCUGUUAAAAGGUCACUGAUUUCUAAUGUAACUUGAUAUUAUAUUACACUUUAGUGAGAUUUGCGUUAUAAAGUCAGUGGAAAUGAUAGGGAUACAUUGUUGUCAAUUUUCUGUCUUCAUAUACAUAGCUUUUUGCCUUCUAUAUUACGUAGCUGUGAUUCUAUUUAUCUCUGUAUAUCCGAUCUGAUAUUCAUGUUGAUUCUUGCCAAUAAUGAUCAAUUAGAUCUCAAAAAUAUUCUAUUUACCAAGAAAAUAUACCUUCUGAUGAUUUAAUGAUAAUUUUUUAUCAUUGACAUUAAAUAAUAUUUUGUCAGUUAAUUUUUUUUCAUAGCUUAAAAAUAUUUUACAACGGUGCGGUGUUAGAAGAGUAUAGAGCUAUCUGCUUUGUUUAAUGACAGACAAGAACAGCAAGCCAAUGUUAAUCACAUACUGACUUUAUAACAUGAAUCUCACUAUAACGAAGCUUUAGUUUGUUAUAGCUUACAUGAAGUGAAAUAAAUAUAUUAAUCUCUUUUGUAUGAAAUAAAAGCACGCAUCUUUAUUAUUAACGAAAUGAUAAAUUGGAAACAAGAAUCGAAUAAUCCAUUUUCUAGGAUAGCAAGAGAACAACAACCUCGUUGCCCAGCUGACUUUCAUUCACAAUAACAAUAAUCAACAAUAUAUUAUUAUUAUAAUUUACAACUAUCAAUUAUUAUAUUACAUUAUUUCAGAGACAUUACAUACAUUACAUUACAUAUAUUCAAUCAUAUUCAUUAUGCUUCCAGAGUGUGUAUGUCAUCCUUAUUUAUUUCUUAAACAUUUUAUUUUCCAGCGGCAUUUGCUAUCGUCCCACUCGCCCAGAACUUAUUAUUUUUAAAUUCUAUUCUAUCAUAUAAAAAUUGAGCAGAUCAUUGAUCGCGUAGAAAACGCUUUCCAUACUUGUGCUUAUGAACUCAACUGCACAAUCUUGAUGUAAAGUCCCAAUUGAUAGAAAGUCUUGAAUAAUCUUGAUCAAGUAAUCACUUUUCCACGUUGAAUCUAAAGUUCCUUUUGUCUAGUCCUCUAGUCUCUAGUAGUAAUAAACCUAUCACAAUAUUCAUGGUAAUUUUUUUAUGGGCGGUGCUCCAGUAUUAAAGUGCAUGUUCUCUCUUAGUAAUUAUAAGUAUAUUAUCAUUUUGGUUAGCUGCCUCGCAAGCACCUCGAGAUUUAUUGUCUUUGAGACUAACCUUUUAGAAUACCAAUUGAAUAUUGUUUAUUCUUAGUACAUGAUAUUCUUUCAACUGAAUAAUCUUUAAAGAUGUAAAGUUGAUUUCAAUAAUUAGAAGGUAAUUUUAUAAUAUCGCUGAGAAACUAUAUUGUUCUCAAGGAUUAUGAUUAUCAACGUAUUUAUAUACUGUAUUAUCAUAUGAGUACACCAACUAUACAAUUUGGAUGCUUAAUUGUGGAAAAAUCUCCUUAUAAAUACGUGGUAAUACAACUUACAAUAGUUUUUAAUCUUUAUCCAAAUUUCCAAUCAACAAAAUUGUUCAUUUUUACUGAGAUACAGACUGCGUAUUACCUGAUAAGAUUGUAAGAAUUGUUUGAUUACUUUAAUUGAUUAUUGUAAUUUUUGUAAGAAUUUGAUUAUUGUGAUAAAUUGUUUUUCUCAGUUUAUUUACUUGAUGAUCAGCUGUCGGAUAUUUCUUUACAUAACUAAUUUUAGUACCCGAAACUGAAAAUUGAAAUCAUUGAAAACUUUUAGUUUUCAUUGAAAUCCUCAACUUUUAGUAAAAUUGUCACAAUAAAGUAAAUGUUUAUUUUUCUAAUUAUAGUUAACAUAAAUUUUUGCAUUGGAUAUUUUAAUGUUGUGAAGCUUUCUAUGAAAAUAAGAAAGUUUGUAGGUCAAGAUGGCUUAAUGCCUGCAAAAAUAACAUGAAAUGCAUUUUGAGGUAGCCUAUUAUUAUUUAUUCCGACACUCUCUUUAAAACUCACCUCUUUGACGAAUAGGCAAGUAAGCCUCAAUUAUUUGUGACGAAUGUUCGAUUAUUAUAGGAUUUUCCACUAUUUGUAUGAAUGAAAAAUUAGAAAAAUGUGUUAAUUGAAAUGUAUUAAUGAAGUCAAUUCUCAUUUGCGCACUUCAUGUGCAUUAACGAAAUCGGUCUAUACAAUCGAGAAAGUUACAAGUAAAAAAUUUUGUCCGUGUCUUCUUCGACCUUGAUUGAGCAAGUUUUCUGCCAUAAGUUUCUACAUAUUUUGAGUAGCAGGGGGCACAUCGUCCUUUGGUGGCUUUGACAACCUUAUGAAAGUCUUGGCCUACUAUUUCAUUUUGUGGCGGCCUAACAAUUCUUACUAAAUCCUGAACAAGACCCACUCGAAAGUCAGUAAUGGAUUUUAUUUGUGUUACUGAAGAAUACAAAAAAUGCGCGUUAGUCACUGCUGUGUUGUAAAUCAUGACCAAAGCCACUUUUCUGUACCACUUGCGAGGUUUUCGCGAAGGCGAGCUGCAAGAAGACAGUUGAUCAGCAAGAUCGAUUGCAGCCUUACUUGUAUUAUAAUUGAUUACUACUUCUGGUUUUGAAACUACCCUACCUCGUUUCAACUUCAAACAUUCUCGUCUUAAUUGUACUCAGCAUAAGAAUGUCUCGUUUAUCUUUCCACUUACAAAUCAUUAUAGUUGAUGAACUACUCAAUGAAAUAAAAUUUCCCUUUUUUCAGCUUCUUAUUCGCUAAAUCUUUUGGAUUGUGUUUCCUAUUAGAGCGGAGUGUCCCUACAGGAUGUGUCUCCUUACCUUGUAACUCAUUAGCCAAGUCCAAACUGGUGUAGAAAUUGUCUGUAAAGAGAGUCCUUCCAGUAUUGAGGUACGGUACAACCAAUUCCAUAACAAUAUCCUCGGUCAAAUUUCGUGAUUGUCUGCUUCUUUACCACUGUAAACUUUCAUCCCUAAAUUAUAAUAAUGAUAAUAGGUGGUGCAUAUUAGUUUUGCUAACAACUGAUGUUUAUUUGUUCGCCAUUAUUCUAAGAGGCUGGCUGGCUACAACAGAGUCACUACCAACUAUAUCAUAAAGCAUCUUCCCCUUUUAAAAUUGAAAUUACAAAACCAAUAC